UUGAUACUCACUACUCCAGUCCUCCCAUUCCUGACUCUGCCUUUGAGUGGACACACGUUGACAUGCGUUGACGGAGUUAAUCGAGAUUCAAGUUCCUGGAGCUGGAAUCAUGAACCAUCGGAACACCUGGUCUGGUGAUGAUCUACCUUACCAACAAUACUUUACCAAUGGAGAGCAGUUUGUUUUAGUUUCAAAAGUUAACACCAGGGAAAACGGUUUCGAUUUCGAAUAAAUACAAAAAAUUACUUUUGAAAGAGCUGGAACUUUUGGAAGUGGUUGGAAUAGUUGAAGGAAGAACAUUAUAAAAUUGUAGCUCUCGAAAUGGACUUUGUGAGAACCUUGGGCGCUGGCGAAUUUGUGGCUCUUAUAAAACGGAUGUUCGAAAUAUGUUUAGAACUAAGAAUAAAGUCGAAAAUUCAUGGAAAGGUUGUUUCGCAAUUUUUGAGAAUGAAUGUAAAAUUAGUGAAGGAAGGAAAUGGUUACUUAGUACAUUUUUCCCAUUGUGGUAAAUGGAAAAAGGAACAUUAUGAAAGAAUUUUGGAUGCAAUGUCCCAAUAUUGUGCGAAAUUGAUUCUGAAGACUGAGAAUCAUUUUCUUCAUGUAGAAGCAGUCCACAAUGAAGAUCGUCAAUGGGCACUGAAAAGAUCUGAAGGGGGUACAAACGAAUUUCCUUACCUCAAAGAAUAUCUUUCUGUUAAAUUAAAGCCAAGCAUAAUUGCAUGUAACUUGAGAGCUUUUGAAGAACGUCUUUUGCAAGAAAUAAGCUCGUUCAAGAAUCUUAACCCUGAAGUGAAAUUUACGUAUUUCCGAGAUUCCGAAAUCCUUUAUAACAACCGUGUGGAAUUGGACAAGGAUUAUAAAUUCUGUUGCCUCGUGAGUUCUGCAAUGUGCAAAGUUGUGCAGAAAACUUUAAGAGAAGAAUUUCGACAAGAGUGUUUAAAUCUUUUUGGUGUAACCAAUUUGACAGAUUUGGAUUUUGCAAUUAAAAGUAUUUUGCUGCCAAAGAUUCACAGUAAUUUUGUCAAGAUGACGGUCCAAACCCUUCGAGACUUCGAAGGAACAGAAAAGUAUUUCUAACGUAUUAAAUCGUGUUUUAAAAAAUUACAAAAUUAAGGCAGAAAUCUAUUCUUUUCAAAUUG